AUGCAAAGCUGGUCCAGAUUUAUAAGAACUCCGAGCGAGAGAACAGAUAAUUUGAAAAGAGAAGAACGAGUAUUUUUUAUUUCUGCUCUUCCGAGCAACUCAAGCAGAUCUACCUCAGAGAAUUCAUCUUACUACGUUUCUCUUCAUAAAUCUGACAGUAUAAAAUGGUCGAUGCCCUGUCCAAUCAAGCUUUUGGAAAAUUAUCAGAAAGUUAAACAACUUGAAAAAUCAGCAUUGUCGACGAAAGAAAACCUUUCCAAGGGUUACACGAUGUUUUUCAACGAAAAUUCAAGGAAGAAUUCUCAGGGCGUGCAAGUUGAAACAAGCAGCAACCUGGCCAAGUGCGCACGAAAUGGCGAUAAAGUGCGCCAAGCGAAAGAACACUUUGAUUUUGAAGUUCAAUCAGAGGCAAAAUCGCAGCAAAACUUCGAAGCGCUGCAAAAUAUUUCGUCGAUUCUUCAAAAUCGACCAGAGUUUUUAGAACUUGUUACUUCAAGGAAAAAAGUUUCGCCAGAGAAAAUGAGACCGAGACCGACGUACAGAGAUUUCCUUCCGAAUCGAAUCAGUUCCAACGCAACUCUGAUGAAUUCCUCGCCAAAUGUGCCCCCACACGUCGUCACGUGGAUCCAUUCCGGCGGACAGACUUCCUUCAAUCACGCCCAAAGAGUCCCAAAAGUCUACCAGCUCCAACCUGGGUUCAGGGAUGAAGAGGAAGAGGAGGAUAGCGCACACAAGAGGAAAAAAGGCGACAAUGUUGCCAAAGCAGGCUUGACUCGGCUGAUAAAAAUGUGCGGAAAAUGUUUCGGCGAUGAAUCAGAUGAUUCUUCCUCUGGAGGAAGUUCUAGUGAAGAAGGCUCCGAUGGUGGCUCAGAUGAUGAUGAUGACGAUGCUGAUGGUGGGGAUGAAGUGUCCCUAGAUGACGAUUCCGGCGGAGGAGAUUCCGGAAGCGACGAUGACGAUGGAGACGGAGAUGACGACUCCAUCGAUACAGAUGCGCUAGAUGAUGACAUUGCGAACGAUCAGUGGAACAACAUGGACGGUGAUAACAUGGACGGCGGCAGCGUUGACGGCGGAAUGUCCAUGGGCUCCGACUUUUCCGAUAGCCUGACAGAGCUGAGAGCCGGUGGGAGGAAUUUCUUUGGCGAGAUUCGGUGA